CCCAAGCGCCUGCAAUUGUUUGUGAACACUUCGCAUCGUUUGGUGGCGUCGAUUUGCAUUUUACGGCUUUUGCCAGGGAUUCAAGCAGAGAAACCGAUUCCAGGACACACAGCGUGGCAAACGGAUGCACGGCAAGAUGGAUCGCCGCAAGAAACGCACCUCCUCGGAGCAGUAUCAGAUGUACAUCGACAUGAUGGAGAGCGACCCCAUUUUCGCCACCGGACGAGUGCCGCGAGAUUACGACCUCAACUAUUUGACGAAGAAGUGGAAGGAGCUCUCCGACCGGCUGAACAAGUGCAGCUCGGGACCCACACUCACGCCGGAGGAGUGGCGCAAGCGCCUGAACGACUGGAAGAACACCACCCGCUGCAAGUACAGACGCAGCCUCCUGUCCACCGAGAAGGACAUCUCGAUGACCUCCGUGGAGACGCGGGCCCUGGAUCUCUUCGGCAAGGUGCCCACCACCACCGGCGAAACGCUGCUCAACCUGAAAUCCGAAAAGGAGGAGCACGACGAGGAAAUGGAGGAGCUGGGCCAGCGCACCUCGGCGGCGUUUCAAAAGGAACUGCAGGCCGCCGUGGAGGAGGCCAUUAACGACGAGGUGGACGACGAGGAGAUGGUGGAGGAGCAUGUGGACCACGAGGACUUGAUGGAGGAGAAUCUGACGGAUGCCGGCCUCACGGCGUCCACCACGGCGGUCAACACCGGCGGCGGCACAUAUCGCACCAUCGUGGUGGACAACACAUCCUUCGAGCACGUGGACGAGGAGCCCCAGACGGUGCAGCCACAUGCCGUGGAGUAUGUCACCACCCGCCGGCCUGCUGCCGCUGUUAUCAAUCCGGGAACGGCCUCCGGCAAUAAGUUGAUCAACGGCGAGCUGCCCGCCAAGCGAAUGCGCACGCAGCCCCGGGAGCAAAUCAUCUACGAAGUUAAAAAUGCGCCGCGCUGCAUCUCGAACAUGCAGGCCGUGCCGCCGCUGCACAGUACAAAACUGGAGCGGGAGCCCAGUUCGCUGACCAACGCGCUGAGCAGCGGCGAUGCCCAGCAGAUCGCUCACCAGCUCAAGCGAUUGGCCGACAUCAACUACGAGACACUGCAGUUUGAGAUUGCGCGCUUCAAGUUCAACAACCCGGGCUUCCAGUACGAUCCGCCGUCCUUAUAGUGCCCCCAGCAGCAGGUCGAGAUCAGCGGGUCUAGGCAAUCAGCAAAAGCUCCAGCUGCAGCUGCAGCACCAGCAAAGACGACGGCGACAGGAUCAGCAUUGGGAAAGGCAAUGGACCGAGCCAAGUCGGCCAGAAUUGUAUAGAUCUUUCACGCGCGCGCUCCGCCGGAACACAAAAUCGUAACUUAUAGUAGCCAGAUUAGUUUAAAAUUGACAUAGAUUUCUGUAUUGUAAACAAAUACUUUCAAAUUUUCACGCACUUCAACUACGAUAUCCAUAUGAAUAGGCCUAACAUUUUAAUACCUAAAGUAAAUAAAAUUGGACAAGUAAUUUUAACGCGUUGUAUGUAAAUGUAAAGAAUAAAGUUUACCAAUGAUAAAUAUGCGCAGCACAGACGUGCUCCACCUUU